UGUUCAGUCGCUCAGCAUCCUCACGGAGAGACCGGACCCGGGUCUUCAGCGUCCCCGCAGAUCAGGUUCCUCUGACGGCGGACUGUCGCUUCUCUGUCCGGUGACCCUGAACCGAAGCUGGUGCGUCUCUCCCGGUGACUGGUGUCCGUGUUUACCGGGCUGUGUCGGUGAUGGUGGACGCGGUGGAGUGCGGGGUGUGCGGGGUGAAGGUGAUGUGUCGCUUCAGGCCGCUGAACGACGCGGAGCGGAGCCGCGGAGACAAAUACAUCCCCAAAUUUAACGGCGAGGACACGGUGGUGGUGGCGGGGAAGCCGUAUGUGUUUGACAGAGUCCUCGCUCCAAACACUGAACAGGUUCAGGUGUAUGACACCUGCGCCAGACAGAUCGUUAAAGAUGUGUUGGGAGGAUAUAACGGGACCAUCUUUGCUUACGGUCAGACGUCGUCUGGAAAGACUCACACCAUGGAGGGGAACCUGCACGAUCCUCAUCAGAUGGGAAUCAUUCCUCGUAUCUCCAGAGACAUCUUCGACCACAUCUACUCCAUGGACGAGAACCUGGAGUUUCACAUCAAGGUUUCUUAUUUUGAGAUCUAUCUGGAUAAAAUCAGAGACUUACUCGACGUGUCAAAGACAAACCUGGCUGUUCAUGAGGACAAAAACAGGGUUCCUUUUGUGAAGGGCUGCACGGAGCGUUUUGUUUCCAGUCCUGAAGAAGUGAUGGACGUCAUCGACGAGGGGAAAGCAAACAGACACGUCGCCGUCACCAAUAUGAACGAGCACAGCUCUCGCAGUCACAGUAUUUUUCUGAUCAACAUCAAGCAGGAGAACGUGGAGACGGAGAUGAAACUGUCGGGGAAGUUGUACCUGGUCGACCUGGCAGGCAGCGAGAAGGUGAGUAAAACGGGAGCAGAAGGCGCCGUGCUGGACGAAGCCAAGAACAUCAACAAGUCUCUGUCUGCUCUCGGUAACGUCAUCGCUGCUCUGAGUGAAGGAACGAAAACCCACGUCCCGUACAGAGACAGUAAGAUGACUCGAAUCCUGCAGGACUCUCUGGGAGGAAACUGUCGAACCACCAUCAUCAUCUGCUGCUCUCCGUCUGUUUACAACGAGGCUGAAACCAAGUCCACCCUCAUGUUCGGACAGAGAGCUAAAACCAUAAAGAACACAGUGUCGGUGAACCUGGAGCUGACCGCCGAAGAGUGGAAGAAGAAAUAUGAGAAGGAGAAAGAGAAGAGCAGGAGUCUGAGUAUCAUGAUACAGAAACUGGAGACUGAGCUGAAGCGCUGGAGGAAAGGUGAGUCUGUACCUGUGGAGGAGCAGCUGAGCAGCAGAAAUAAGAAAAGCAGCAGCAGUGAAACAGCAGCAGUGAUUGAAAGUUUGGCCCCGCCCCCUGUCCCUCUGUUAGAAGAGGAGAAGACGCAGUACGAGACGCUCAUCACCGACCUGUAUCAUCAGCUGGACGACAAGGACGAUGAGAUCAACCAUCACAGUCAAACAGCUGAGAAACUCAAACAGCAGCUGAUUGAACAGGACGAGCUGUUGGCAUCGGGCCAUCAAGACUACGAGCGUCUGCAGGAGGAGCUGUCGCGGCUGCAGAGGGACAGUGAGUCGGCCAAAGAGGAGGUGAAGGAGGUGCUGCAGGCGCUGGAGGAGCUGGCUGUCAACUACGACCACAAGAGCCAAGAGGUGGAGAACAAGAACCGCUGCAAUGAACAGCUGAACGAGGAGCUCGCACACAAAACUGUGAGUCUCGAGGCGGUUCAAAGGGAGUUGUCCACCCUGCAGGAGGUCAGUUCUCAUCAUAAGAAGAGGUCAGCAGACAUCCUCAGUCUGCUGCUCAGAGACCUCAGUGACAUCGGCAGUGUCCUUGGUACCACAGACCUCAAAGCUAUGACGGAGACGAGCGGAGUGAUGGAGGAGGAGUUCACCACAGCUCGUCUCUACGUCAGUAAGAUGAAGUCUGAGGUCAAGUCUCUGGUGAACCGCAGCAAACAGCUGGAGGUCAACCUGACUGAGAACAUCUGCAGGGUGGAGGCCAACGAGAAGGAGCUCAACACCUGCCAGCUGCUCGUCUCGCAGCUCCAGGCGAAGAUUGCAUCCCUGACAGACGACCUGCAGAAGGUGGAGCAGAAGAAGAGGAAGCUGGAGGAGAGUCAGGACGCUCUGAUGGAGGAGGUCGCUAAACUCAAUGCUCAAGGUCAAAUGCACGAGGUGACCGUGAUGGACAAAGAGAAAGAACACAUGAGCAGACUGAAAGAUGCUGUUGAGAUGAAGAGAACUCUGGAGGAACAGAUGGAGAACCACAGAGAGGUUCAUCAAAAACAGCUGAGUCGCCUCCGAGAUGAGAUUGAGCAGAAGCAGAGAGAUGUCGACCAGCUCAAAGAUGUGAGUCGGGCUUUGCAGCUGGAAAACCGAAAGCUUCAGUCUGACUUUGAAAAACUGAGAGCUGAGGAUCAGAACAAAGACCAGAAACUCCAGAAACUGCUGUUCCUGAAUGAGAAGAGAGAGCAAGCCAAAGAGGACCUAAAGGGUCUGGAGGAGACUGUGGCCAAAGAGCUGCAGACGCUGAACAACCUUCGUAAAGUCUUCAUCCAGGACCUCGGUACUCGAGUCAAGAAUAGUUCAGAGAACGACUGUGACGAGGCCGGCGGCAGCCUGGCUCAGAGACAGAGGAUCGUCUUCUUAGAAAAUAACCUGGAGCAGCUCAGCAAGGUCCACAAACAGCUGGUGCGGGACAAUGCUGACCUUCGCUGUGAGCUGCCCAAGCUGGAGAAGCGUCUGCGGGCCACAGCAGAGCGAGUGAAAGCUCUUGAAUCCGCCUUGAGAGACGCCAAGGAGUCAUCUUUGAGGGACCGCAAGCGAUACCAACAGGAAGUGGACCGCAUCAAAGAGGCCGUUCGCUCCAAGAACGUCUCCAGGAGAGGACACUCUGCUCAGAUAGCCAAGCCAAUCAGAGCAGGACAUCAGCACCAUCAUCACCCGUCCUCCUCUGCAGCCGUCAGACCGACUGUCCGAGGAGGGGGGUCGAUAUCCAGUCCACGUCAUCAUUCCCCCCGACAGCAACCGCCUCCACAAGCACAGCAACCACAAGCCCAUCCGAGCCACAGCAAGUAAGCUGAAGGUAGCAGACGACUCCCGAUCCUUUUCUGUGGAACGUUCCUGCUCUCACCGCUCUGCCUUUACCGGAUCCAGACUCCUACUUUCUACUACUUUCCACCUUAACAGCCAUUCCACCUUAACAGCCAACAAGUGCUUUCUUUCCUCCUCCGAGUCUGAUCAGCUGUCUGACUCUUCUUACCGACAGAGAAUCACUUCUGGUGCUCAGAGUCUGUUUGUCUCGCUGGAUAAAUUCAGUUACAUUUGUUAAAUAAGUCUAAUAACGAGUUUAAUAACAAGUUUUAUUAAAUGAAACGUGGUUGUAUUGAGCGCGGUGCUGCAGUGGAAGCCUUGUGGGCAGUAACGCCCGUCAGUACGUCCACUAAAGUGCUUGUUUUUGCCGCUGACAGGCUCAGCAUCAGACAACAUUAUGGAUCCCUACAGAGAGAACUUUCUUUUGUUUGACAAGAAACAGCAGGUACAGCACUCUCCUCAAACCACCACACUCCACUGAUAAAUACAGUUAUCUGAGCUCUCAGAUCCUCGUAAAACUCGCUUCAGUCAAACCCUAACCAAAACUCUGGUGGUUCGUCUUUCCACUCCAACCAUCACAACUCUGGCUGAGUUGAAGUAAAUUCACCAAGUUAGAUUAUGACUUUCAUAAUUGUGACGUAAUAUCUCAUCAUUUGUCUAAAUGUGAUAGUGCUGGCCUAGUUUUGGUUUCCAAGUCAUACAUUUUGUCUUUGUAAUCACUAUUGUUGUGCCGUUCACUUUAAUUUAUACUUUGGGCAACUCCCGUUGUUUUAAACGUGCUAUAAAAAGACUCGACUUGGCCAAAUCAGUAUAAAGUCAGACCCCUCUGCUCAGCUCAGUAAAACAUACACAGUAUAUAAUAUUAUAAUAAUAAUGUUUCCUCCACAGUAUUUAUGUAUCAGAACAGCUGCGAAUGCUUUAUGUAUGAAACACAGUCUACUUCAUGUUUGAACAACUUCUGUGUUUGAUGAAUGUUUUUUGAGUAAUAUGUCGAAGACAGAAAAAGAUAAAUAUCUUUUUUUGUAAUA